UUUAAAUUAAACCAAUAAACCAACGUCAUAUAUCAUUCAAGCUAAUUAGACAUAACGUCGAAGCAUUCAAGUUAUUGUACAGUGAAUUUUUAGCAUUGUCAUGGUUUUAAAUUCGAAAAUGCGGGCUAUUACUUGCAAUGUUUACAUAUGACACAUACGGUGGUUUUCUUGGAAAACAAAAUGGGGCACAGAAAAUGCAUUGAUGUAAUGUUCACAGGGUUACCCAUCAAGGGUUUCAGUGACGUAUUUAACGUGUCCGGAAAUCGUUUGUGAAAGACUGACCAGAACGGAAGCAGUACGUACCCGGUAAGCGGCAAGACUAUAAUAAUUUGAACAAGCUCAACCAUUCCCAUUCCUGGCUUAUUUCACAGUAGACAUGACAGCCUCAAGUGAAGAAUAUGAAAAAAACUCUACUGAUAUCAAAGAUGACAGCAACCUGGAUAGUGAUAGUGUCGUGUGCAACUCCAGUGAGAUAAACAGUUUAAUUCACAGAAAUGCUUUUUUCUUCAGGGCUGUUCAGCAGCAUUUUCCCAGAGAUAUAUCUGUGCUAACCCAACCAGUCCUUUCUUAUCAGACAAGCACACCUGAUUUCAAAAUUGUUCCUUCAAGGGACAGAAUCCUGGAAAGACAACAUAGACAGAACAGUGAAGGGUACAGUAAGCAUGAUGUUACGGCAACAGGAGAAUGUACGGAUCAUUCUGUACCUGAUCCAGAAAGCAUAGGAGAAGGGCUCCCAUUCAGUUCGACUUUGGAAAAUGCCCCAGUACCUAUGAAUUUGUCACAUCAUAGCUCUAUCCCUGACCUUGUUGAAUGCUCAACCCCGCCCAUUUCACCAGGAGAGUCGAAACAGAUCAGUGUUAUAGAGGACAUUAGCAACAGACACCUUGACAGUCUUGAGGCCAUAGUACAGGAUGAAGAAAGUGAUCCUGGGGAUGCAAGUACUAUGUUAGGUAAUAGUGAUACCCCCAAGUCACGUUGCCUCAGGUCAACAUCCAGUAAAACAAGUGAGAAUAAGCACAGGCCACGCCUACAAAAGACUGUCAGUUGGAGUGAUGAAGGACCUAAACAAAAAGAGGUCAAUAUAAGAUACUUUUCAGUUGAUCAGCUUCAGGGAAGAAGGGAUGUUGUAUUUGAAAGGGAAGCCUGGAAAGACAUUUAUGGAAAACAGCAAAAGAAUGAUGAAGAGUCAAACCAAAAAGUUUCUACAGCUGGCUCAACCAGUGAUGCGGUUGCUAGGAGGGACUCCUUUAGGAAGCAGAAGGAAUCUAGUGGUUAUGGUACAGGUGAGGGGGACCAGGAGGAGGAAGAGGAUGUGUUUAUACCCCAAGAAGGCACUUCAAGUUCAUCUUCUCAACCCUAUACACACCCUUUGGAAGGAAAUGCACCAAAUAUGAGUAAACUAGAUACUAAUGACUCAAGUUUUCAGUUGUCCUCCUUUCAAAUAUCUUCUCAAGAGGAGCACAGAAACUCUCAAAAAGAACUGUUAGAACAUACCCCAGUUCCCCCACAAAAAGGCAAUGGUUUUGAUAUGAUGUUGUUAGUGGAUCCACCUGAAAUUAGUAUUGAUAAAGAGGACGACAAGCCACAGGAUGAUCAGCCCUCUAGUUUUAUCAGGUUUCAUCAAGAUGAUUUAGAAAAACGCCUCCGUACAGAAAACAUCCAGGCAAUGGUUAGUGACAUGUUCACAAAUAUGGAACCAGAAACCCUUGUGGAGCGACUUCCCUCAAUUGUAGCUUCAUCAGAUUCUGAACCAUCACCACCAAAUGCAAAGUGUCACAGAAAGCACAGCAGCAAGUCUCUUAGCACCCCCAGUACUAGUUCAGCCAAAUCUAAAACUCCUGGCAGUGGAGGAGAUUCCAGGGUGUUUAGUUUUGAGGAUGACGUGGAUGCUGGUGGGAACUUACACACAAUUCCAGAAGAACCUGGAGCUCACAAUUUAGAUGCACAUGGUAUGAGAAAUGAACAGAGACUGGAGAUUGAGGUAGAGCUGAGCCCGCCCUGCACCAACAGCAGCCUAGAAAACAUUCUUUUGAAGGCAGCCAGAUGUUUCGACCCGCAUUGUACUGAUGUCAGUUGUUUACGGGGUAAAAAUCGCCUGAAACAUGUUGAAGAUCACCUGCAUAGUGAAAAACAAAUAUGGCAGUGUGUAACAUGUAGACAUGUGUUGCAAUGGGCAAGUGACCAUGCUGGCUGCUGUGCCGAGGUCAGAUGUCCUCUUCAGUGGUGUAGCUUUUUUUGCGAUUUAAGUGAUGAGGACGCUGAUGAGCAAAUGGUUAAACUAGUCUCAGAAUAUCAAAACCUGAUGCUGGAACCUUUUACAGAUGACAUGAAAAUCAUAAAGCUACAACGUGGCAUGGGUGACAGUCAGGCAAGACACUGGGAUCCUAUCACAAGAAUGGGCAAGUUUGGGAGCGCUGUAUUGGCUGUUCCAGAAAUAAACUGCGAUGGGAAGAAUAAUGACAUUUGUUAUUGGUUUAUCAAAAAGAUGAAACACAAUGCAGAAACUCUUGACUUGUUAAAGAGCCUUAGCCGGCAAGAAGCUAGUGCAUAUAUUGUCCAGCACCUCUGGGUAGCCUUGGAUAGUGAUAGGAAGUUUAUGCAUGUUUGUUCCUGCUAUGAAACUGGGCAAACACUAGGAGACCUGAUAGGUGCAGUCCAACCUGCAGUGAGAGCUAAAUACAUCAAGGUGUACCUUAGACAGAUUUUGGAAGCAGCACACUUUCUGCAUCAAAGAAAUAUAGUUUACCUUUUGUGGACAGAUUCAAACAUUGUGCUAAAUUACAGUAAGGAAAUUGCCAAGCUGAGUAAUUUCUCUGCAGCAGUCUCUGUAGAAACACAAGGUACAGAAGAAAGUAUGGCAGACAUAGCACUCAGACUGCCAACAGAUAUAGCUCCACCUGAGUUACUUCAGGGAGAAUGUCCAAAUGCCAAGAGUGACAGUUGGGGUCUCGGCUGCCUUAUAUACCACCUGAUUACAAGUCGGAGCGUCCUGCACAGCUUUAGACAUGAUAAUCCUGAAAUGAUCAGAACUAAGGUGAGAACUCAACAAAUUAGACUUCCAGAUGUAUCCUCUGUGGAAGAUGCCGUCUUGGCCCAUUUGAUGUCAAAAUGCCUACAGUUUUUGAGACAAGACAGACUUGUGGCAAUAGACCUGAAAGCAAGACUGAAAUAACCCUAGAAACAGAUCUGCCCCUGGAGCUCAUCUUGUCAGCCAACAGGCAUGAGAAAAACUAUAGCUAAAAUUGGUUUUAAAGAUUAAUUUUCAUUAUAAAGAGCAAUCAUAAUUUUAUUGAUAUUGUAUAAUAGUGCCGGUGAAUAAAUUGUGUUCAGUAUGAUGUGUAAUACACUGAUAACAUGUUACACAAUUACUAGUGGCAGGAUAUAUGAUUUUUCAAACACAGUGACAUAUAAUAUACACCUUUCAUAAAAAAAUGCAGCUGGCUUCUGCAGAUUGUAAUUUUAUAAAACCAAGAUGUCAGUUAAUUUGAUGUGAAUCAUGCAGGUGAAUGGCAACAUGAUAAAGUUUUAUCAGAAGACCUUUAUUGAGCCAAGCUACUUAUGGAGAGUAUUAUCCAAUAGGCUUAUUUUCAGAAUGUGUAUUAAGUGUUCAAGAACAAAUUGUUUUUUUUUUCUGACAUUUUGUACAAAAUGAAAAUUGAUAUUUUGGGUGUUAUCAGUUACAAAAAGGUUUGACAUUUGACAUAAUUGCAUAACAAAUGGAAUAACGAUUUUCAUUCUCUGAAAAUGAAUAAAAGUUGUCAUCACCAUU